CGAGGCACGGGAGUUUUGGGGAGCAGCAGGGCCGGGCCAGGGAGCUCCAGGACAGGCUGGAGGUGCAGAGCUGCCUCCAGACCCGGUGUGUCAGGGACAGAGCGGGUCCCGUGCCCAUGGCACCCCCGGGCAGGGCCUGGGCAGGGCUCUGGGAACACAACAGCACAACAAACCAGGGGAUUUGUUGCUUUGAGGGGUCACUGCAGCCUGAGGAGUCUCCUCUUGGCUUAUGGGGGUGCCUCAGUUUCCCCAAAGGGGUGAGGACGGUGCCCAAGCACCAAAAGGUGGGUCCCCUCCAUCACUGCCCCAGGGGUGGAUCUGAGACCCUCCCAGGGAGGACAGAGGAGGGGUUGGAGCGGGUUUGAGACCCUCCCAGGGAGGACAGAGGAGGGGUUGUGGUGCUGGGGGGUUUAUCCCUUUUUCAGCCCCCGACUGCCCACGGGAGCGCCCGGCCUGGUGGUGCCAGCAGGGCUGGGCUGUCCCCAGGCUCCACCAGUGGCUCAGGGGGGCUGUGCCAUCCCCCCUCGUCCCCCUGCAGAUCUCUCCUCCCUCUCCCGGCUUUGUGCUAUGAAUUAUUUGUGCGGCCGUGGCUCCCAGAUGUCUGCUGAGCCGGCGAGGCUGUGCCUGCCCGGCGGCCACCCCGGUGCCUGUGGGGUCCCUGGGUGGGACAGGGGGCAGUGCUUGGGACACCACGUGGGGCUCAGCACCCUGGGCACUGCCACCUCACCGGGACUGCUCUGCCAGACAUCCCAGGAGCCACCGGAGGUGGCAGAUUUGGGAUCCUCCGCCACCCAAAAUCCUUGUCCGGGGGGUGGGCUCUGUGGCCGGGCAGGGGGAUCCCCCCUGGCCGGUGUGGGGCCGGUGCAGGGAGGCAGGUGGGCCCCGGGGGUGAGCAGCAGUGCUGGUAUAUAGGGCACGGCGCGGGCUGUGCCGGCACCGAGGCGUGGGAGGCCGGGAAGCAGCUCUCGUGCGGCACAGGGCGGGAGGCAGCGGCACCGGACGCUAUUUCUGGUGCUCGCUCCCCGAGGGGAUGGGGGGGAAAGUCACCGUGUCCCCCCUGCCGGGGUGCUCUGCUGGGGAUGGGCUCUGCUCCUGCCCUCGUCCCUGGUGGUGACAGGGGGGCUCGGGGGGUGUCAGGACCCUGUCCCUCCUGUCCCUGGUGGGGACAGAGGUGAUCGCAUGGCCAGUGUCCCCCUGCCAGCCCGGGAGAUGCUGUGGCAGCUCCUGGGAUUGUCCCUCCUCCAUCACCCGUUGUUUUUGGGACACGCUGAUCUCCCUCUAGCCCUGCUCUGUCCCCAGGCCCCACCUGUGCUCAUCCAUCCUGGAUCUCACCCCCCUGUCCCCACAGCUCCAGGGGCUGCCCCCGGCCGGGUCCACCCCUGCCCCGGGAUCAGCGGUGUCUGUGUGUCCGUCUGUCCGUGCCGUGUCCCCCCAGGCAGGACAUGGACUCCAUGUUCGAGGACGACAUCAGCAUCCUGACGCAGGAGGCGCUGGGGCCGGACGAGGACUGGCUGGACAGCCCCAACACCGACCUGUCCGGGGAGAUGUGCUCGGCCUCGCACUUCGCCCUCAUCACCGCCUACGACGACAUCAAGAACCGGCUCACGGGGCUGGAGAGGGAGAACUCCACGCUCAAGCGCCGCCUCAAGAUGUACGAGGUCAAGUACCCCCUGCUCGGCGAGUUCGGGGAGGAGCACAUCUUCUCCCUCUACGAGGCCAAGGAGACGUCGCUGCUCAAGAGCGAGAAGGCGUCGCUGCAGCAGCAGCUCAACCAGUUCCAGCACGAGCUGCAGAAGAGCAAAGAGCGGGAGGAGCAGCUGGAGGAGAUGAUCCAGGCGUACGAGAAGCUGUGUGUGGAGAAGGCUGACCUGGAGACCGAGCUGGGAGAGAUGCGGGCGCUGGUGGAGACUCACCUGAGCCGCAUCCGGAGCCUGGAGCAGCAGCUGCGGCAGCGCGACGGCAGCGCCUUCCCGGGUCUGGGCACCCCCAUGCCCGGCCAGGAGGUGCCUUUCAUCAGCCUGCACCCCAACCCGGGGCUGAGCCACGUGCUGGAGCGCGCCGGGGGCUGGCAGAGCCGGGGGCUGGAGGCUCAGGGCAGGCUGGAGGCUCAGGGCAGGCUGGAGGCUCAGGGCAGGCUGGAGGCCGAGCUGGAGGCGGCCCGGCAGGAGAACCAGCGCGCCCAGCACCGCGAGGAGCACCUCAAGGCUGAGUGCGAGAGGCUGCAGGCGGAGCUGAAGCACCUGCAGGACAGCCGGGAGCAGGAGCAGUCGGAGCGGGACAUGGCCUGGGUGAAGAAGGUGGGCGACGACCAGGUGAACCUGGCGCUGGCCUACACGGAGCUGACGGAGGAGCUGUGCCGCCUGCGGAACCUCAGCUCGCUGCAGAGCCAGAUCCUGCGGGCCCUGCUGCAGGACAAGGGCCUCAACGGCGGUAAGCGCCACUCCCCGCUGUCCCAGUGCCACUCCCCGCUGUCCCAGUGCCACUCCCCGCUGUCCCAGUGCCACUCCCCGGCCCAGCAGCGCCGCUCGCCCGCCCCGCAGUGCCCCUCUCCCGCCCCGCCGGGGCGCUCCCAGUGCCAAUCCCCCGCCCUCCAGCGCCGCUCGCCCGGCCCCCCCAGCCAGUCGCCGGCCCAGCAGCGCCGCUCGCCAGCCCCCGGCCCCUGCCAGUCCCCCGCGCAGCAGCGCCGGUCCCCGGUGCCCCCCUCCAGCCAGUCCCCCGCGCAGCAGCGCCGGUCCCCAGCGCCGCCACCGCCCUGCCCGUCCCCCGCCUCGGCCUCCCCGCACCGGCUGCCCGGCGAGAGGAUGGAGCUGGGCUACGCCAAACCCUCCAGCCGCCACAUCAAAGCCGGCUUCCAGGGCCGCCGCAGCUACUCGGAGGUGACCAACGUGGCCCUGUACCAGCAGAGCCGCUCGCCGUGGCUGCAGCCCGAGGCCUCCACGCUGCCCAAGCACCGGCCCUACGGCGAGGUGUACCUGGGGGGCGCGGGGGCCCCCCUGAGCGCCCACGAGCCCUUCGAGGAGCACGUGCGCUUCGAGAAGCAGUCGUCGGACGAGGAGGAGUGGGCCCUGCCCAGCCCCCCCAGCCCCGAGGCCGGCGCCAUCCGCUGCGCCUCCUUCUGCGCCGGCUUCCCCGCGCCCGACGCUGACGCCCUGCACCGCACGGCUGCCGCCUACGCCAGGGCAGAGCACGCCCAGUCCUGGCCCUCCAUCAACCUGCUGCUGGAGACGGUGGACUCGGAGGUGAGGAGCUGCCCCCUGUGCCAGCUGGCCUUCCCCAUCGGGUACCCGGACGAUGCCCUGGUGAAGCACAUCGACUCCCACCUGGAGAACAGCAAGAUCUGAGCCUUCCCCCCGCCCCUUCCCGACCUUUGGAUGCUGCAUGAGAACACUCCAGGAGCUCCACGGCUCCCCAAAUACCUCCAAGUCUUCAGUAGCUACAGAAAGACUGAGCCCCCUCCCUACCCAAACCUCAGAGCCCCCCGGAGCCCCCCAGCCCCCUGUAAGUGGAUUCCUCGCCCCGUCCCUGCAUCCGUGCCGGGUUUGGAUGCUGGAAUUGGGGUGCCAGGAUCACACCAUCCCAGAUGGUGGCUGGAGAGGACCUGUCUGUGCCCUUGGGUGUCCUCUGCACCCUCAGGUGUCGCUGCUUGAUCUCAGAAUGGAUCCGAGGGGCCGGGUCCUGGAUCUGGCCCCCAGGAAGCAGGUGAGGGGAAGGGGCUGCCCCUUCCCCUGCUCCUGGGAUCACAGCUGGGGUUUGGGGGGCAGGAGGGAGGGACAGCUGCUUGUUCUCGGUCCCCCUCUCCUCAUCCCACCAGUUCAAGCACCUUUUACACUAAAAGCUCCCCCUCCCCUCAGUUUCUCCCCCUCCCCCCAAAGAUGCUGCUGAGAAACAAACCCUGAGAUGCAGCAAGGACCCCUCCCGCCACGUUGCACUGGGCUCCGUGGCCCUGGGGGCUCUCCCUGACACCCCCCCCGGCGUGGGGACAGCGCAGCCCCCCAGCAGCUCCCCCUAUCCCUCCCCAGACCCCCCUGCUUUGGCCGGGGGGCUGCAGGCGGCUGCUCACCCUGAGCCCCCUACCCCUUCCCCCCGUCCCCCACGUUCAAUCUACCUCAACGCCGCCGGGAGAGGGGGGUCCGCAGCACUGUCCCCCCCUCACUGAGCCGCUCUGCGCUGCAUGUCCCCCCCGUGUCACAGCGCACAUCCCCCCCAC